GCCCACCUCCGCCCCACCGCCCGCUACCACCUCGCUCCUUCGAGAUGGCAAGUUCCUACGUGGCCGACAAGCACUCGACGAGCAGCGCAGAGGAUCAGCUCCCUGCGCUCAACAAGGGCCCGCAUGGCAACGCCUACGCUCUCGACGAGAAGCGCCGGGCCGCCCUUGCUGAGAUUGACUCUGCCAAGUUCUCUUGGUUCCAUGUCAAGGUCUGCAUGGUCGCGGGUGUCGGCUUCUUCACCGAUGCCUAUGACAUCUUCGCGAUUAACAUCGCGUCGACGAUGCUGGGAUACGUCUACGGCCCCGGCCAGGCGUUGACCUCCAACCAGGACCUCGGUAUCAAGGUCGCCACGCCCGUCGGCACCCUUGUCGGACAGCUGCUCUUCGGCUGGUUGGCGGAUAUCGUCGGUCGCAAGCGGAUGUACGGUGUCGAGCUCAUGCUUAUCAUCAUCGCGACCUUCGGUCAGGCGAUGGCUGGUCACGGUCACGCCGUCUCUAUCAUCGGUGUCCUUGUCGUCUGGCGGUUCAUCAUGGGCGUCGGAAUCGGUGGUGACUAUCCCCUCUCCGCGGUCAUCUCCUCCGAGUUUGCCUCGACGCAUCUGCGCGGUCGCCUUAUGACGGCCGUGUUUGCCAACCAAGGCUGGGGUCAAUUCUCCGCUGCCCUCGUUGGAUUCAUCGUUGUUGUUGCUUUCAAGAGCGCGCUCUUGAACGAUAACCCCGCAGUCCUUGCGCACGUCGACUUCAUGUGGCGUCUGCUCAUCGGUCUCGGCUGUGUCCCCGGAGCAAUCGCCCUCUACUUCCGUCUCACCAUCCCCGAGACGCCCCGCUUCACCAUGGAUGUCGAGCGCAACGUCAAGCAGGCCGCCCAGGACGUCGACAACUUCCUCACCACCGGCUCGUACCACGUCGACCCCGACGCUGUCGUCCUCCGCGUCCAGGCGCCCAAGGCUUCCCGCAAGGACUUCGCCGCGUACUUCUCGCAGUGGAAGAACCUGAAGCUCCUCAUCGGCACCUCGUACUCGUGGUUCGCGCUCGACAUCGCGUUCUACGGCCUCGGUCUCAACUCGUCCAUCAUCCUGACCGCGAUCGGCUUCGGCUCGCCCGACAAGUCGCUCACGGGCACCGCGAAGGUCUUCCAGAACCUGAAGAACAUCACGACCGGCAACAUGAUCCUCUCCGUCGCGGGGCUCAUCCCCGGCUACUGGGCGACGUUCCUCGUGAUUGACCGCUGGGGGCGCAAGCCGAUCCAGCUCAUGGGCUUCACGAUGCUCACCAUCCUCUUCGUCAUCAUGGGCUUCGCGUACGACAAGCUGAACGCGUCGGACUCGGGCAAGAACGCGUUCGUGUUCCUCUACUGCCUCACGAACUUCUUCCAGAACUUCGGGCCCAACACGACGACGUUCAUCGUGCCCGGGGAGGCGUUCCCCACGCGCUACCGCUCCACCGCGCAUGGUAUCUCGGCCGCGAGCGGCAAGCUCGGUGCGAUCGUCGCGCAGGUCGGGUUCGGCAAGCUCGUCAACAUCGGCGGCAAGAACGCGUUCGUCAAGCAUCUGCUCGAGAUCUUCGCGUUCUUCAUGCUUACGGGUAUCUUCUCGACGCUGCUCAUCGAGGAGACGAACCAGAGGAGUCUCGAGGAGAUCUCUGGCGAGAACCAGGAAGGCUUCAUCAACGGUGUCGCCUCCGCCGACCGUGACGCAGAGACAGCAUAGAGUCACCCGCCUCCUCUCGUCUCCCGCUAUCCGCAUCCCCCCGUUCCCAUAUCCCUCCAUGCCACGUCCUCGUCCCCGCGCGCGCCAUACCUCGGGACUCUCUUUAUUGCUUACGAUACUCGCGCCCGGGGCGAUGUAUUGCUUCACGUUGUUGGGUUGUAAUCGUACUAGUACUCGCCUCGGCGAAAAAAUCCGUCCGUUCGUUUGUCCGUCAGCUGCGCGAUCGCUGGGUGGGGCUUGGAUGUGAACCGGAGUCUGGGGGUGGUUGUGUGUAUUGAGUAUCACUUAUCUGUAGACGUACUAAUGAGCUCUAUUUUAUGGCUGUCUUGAAACGC